AAGGGACGGUGAAUGGUGGAAACGCAGAUAUAAAAGGCAAAGUGGGAUGCGUCACAUGCAAAGACGAGGAGACGACAAAGAUCGCCAAAUUAGAAACGUAGAAGAAAGCAACAGAAAGAAGUACUCGUUUUUUACGCGCGUAUUUCCUCCGAGUUCGAGGGAACCGUGAAGGCGUAGACCACUCCCAAAAUCGCCGUGUUCCCUUUCUUUGAUUUUUCUCAUUCUACGCACAUUCCAAUUCAUCUCCUUCUUCUUCCCUCACCCAAUGGAUUACUGACUUUUAACCUCCUUCAGACCCUAGCCCAUUUCGUCUUAAACAUCGGGAUCUCGCUCGGGUUACUCACAACUUGAUUGAAUCUCCCUGGCGCUGGUUCUCAACAUUUAUAUUUGAUUUGUGGAGGUUUCUUGUAUCUUUAGAAAGCCUGAAGUCUCUAGUAUCAUAUAACUUUAGAAAGGAGGAAAUAUGAGGAACAAUUGGGUGUUUUUCAUUGAUCUUGAUGGAGGCUCACCUUAUAUCUUGCCGAUUGAGCCCUUUACAUCUCACGGAUUAGGUGGUCAUCUAUUUUCACAUAUUAGUUCAUUCAUGGAUAGUUCUCUAUUUCAGUCCAGAAAUUUGUAUAUGGCUGGAAGUUUAGCGCUUCAAGAAGCCUUUAAUUGCUUUUCAAAGAUAGCUGGCGCAUUGUUACUCUGGUGCUCGAGUACAUCAACUGCAAACGUGACUCGGGAGAUAGCAGAUGAUCUACAUGGUUCGAAUUCUAGAAGCUUUAAAAACUUUACUGAAGUUAGAAGCAUCCGUUCUGGUAGACUUGGGUCCAGAGGAUUUCACUUUAGCUUUAAUUUGGAUAAAGAAUAUUCCGACCCAAUUUUUCUUGGCAAGAUUGGCCGUUUUGCAUCGAAACUCCUGGGUAACGAAGCUGGAAGACAGCAGUUGCAUCCUUUGCUCUCAGUAGCAGCUGCUUUAGUUCCUCCACUUAACAACCUGGCCAGUAGAUCAGAAGAUAUUAUGGCUGUUCCAUUGGAAAACAGCGAAUUGCCAGUGUAUGGAUGCAUGGAUCAGAAACCUUGUGAAGUUCCAUAUAGAACAAAUGCUGGCUUAACGUUUCCUGAUGUGAACUGGACAAGGCAUGCAAUUGAACCCAAAACUGGCAUUGAAUUUCCCAUUAUACUGGAUAACAUUUUAUCUUCAGAAAAUAAUUCCAGCUUGAGUUCAGAGGUUCUUGUUGGAACUGGAUCCAGAAUAAUGAAAAUAGUCAGAAUUAAAUCCCUGAAGGUCUAUGCUUUUGGCUUUUAUGUUCAUCCAAACUCUGUCUGUGAAAAGCUUGGUCCAAAAUAUGCUUCUAGUCCAGCAGGUGAAUUAAAUGAGCGCCGUGAUUUUUAUGAGGACCUUCUGGGGGAGGAUAUUAAUAUGACUGUCAGACUCGUGGUUAAUUGCAAUGGGAUUAAAAUCAAUACUGUAAGAGACGCUUUUGAGAAAUCUCUUAGAGCACGACUGUUGAAGGCAAAUCCAGAAACUGAUUACCAUUGUGUGAGGACAUUUGGUUCUCUCUUCACUAAAGACAUCCCAUUACCUGCGGGAACAACAAUCGAUUUCCGACAGACAGCUGAUGGACAAUUAAUCACUGAAAUGGGAGGCACUCUGAUUGGAGCAAUUCAUAGCAAGGAAUUGUGUAGGGCAUUCUUUGAUAUGUACCUUGGAGAUGUUCCAGUGUCAGAGGAAACGAAAAAAGAGAUCGGUAAAAAUGUGGCAGGUCUUAUUGGUAGAUGCUGAUUAACAUCUCUGUUCCAAAGUUCCAGCUUCCAUUGUCCCCCAUUUUAUACGGACAAUUCGGUUGCUGUGAGAUGAACUUCAUGCACAGGCUGUAGCAUUAACAAGACCAUCCCUUGGUUUUGCGCUCAAGCUGGCAAUAGCUAUUGAGAUCUAGUACAUAUUCUAAAAGGAAACACAGGUGCCACACCAAAUUAUCAUUGAAUUUUUUACGACUAGGGCAUAUGCAUCAAAUUGAUUGGCAUUCAUUCUUUGGGUUUUUUACACUUAUAUUUAUUCUCAUUUUGUUAUCUAUUUUCAUCAAUUUCUCUCAGCCUUUGUUCCUAAGUAAAUGGUGGUUAUAUAAAGAGUGGGUCGGAGUUCGAGUUACACAAAGUUAUUCUUUUUCUUGUUUUAAAUUUAGAACAAUUUUUAGAUGGUUGGCGAAGAAGACUUAGUUUAGGAUUUUGUUUAUAUAAAUAAUUGUACUCGGCUUUAUGAGUCAUGUUUAAUAUAAAAUUUUAAUUUCCAUAUUCUUUAUUUGAAUAAGUGGUCAAAUAUAUACUUUUUUAUGAGUA